AUGGCGUCAGGUAACGGGGACUUUGCGUCCGGGGGUCACCUGGAUCCCGGAGCUCUGAUGGAGCAGGUCAAAGUGCAGAUCUCUGUGGCCAACGCGCAGGAGCUGCUACAGAGGAUGACAGACAAAUGUUUCCGGAAGUGCGUUGGGAAACCCGGGAGCUCCCUCGAUAACUCUGAGCAGAAAUGUGUCGCGAUGGGUAUGGACUGGUAUAUGGAUGCCUGGAACACCGUCUUGAGGGCCUACAACUCCCGGCUGCAGAGGGAGAGAGCCAACAUGUGAUCGGUGGCAGCAGGAUUACUGAGGG